CCCAAAAAGGGCAAGAAGAGCAGAAGGAUCCCACGUGCCUGUGACCUUUGUAGUCAGAGAAAAGUCAAGUGCGAAGGAGGUGACCCGCCCUGUCAGCCUUGCCGCGACCUGAACGUGCUCUGCACGUUUUACCGUGUAAAGAGAAGAAGAGGCCCUCCCAACAAGGCUGCUGAAGCCGCACGAGAAAAUGAAAAACGAAGAAGACUUGGUACCGAAGGGUCGAGCGAGGCGAUACCACCGCUUCAAAGUGCUGCUCAGACGCUGGUCUCCCUUGCGACGCCGGACGGACAGGUCGUCAUGGAUGCGGAGAUGUGCAUUGCGCCUCUGGGUGUACUGCAACUUUUGGUCGACGACUUCUUCACCUACAUACAUCCCUUGACGCCGUUUCCUCACGAACCUACGUUCAGAGAGGCUUUCAAGAACCGCGAGGAUCGGACAAAUCCCGAAUUCCUUUCUCUUCUGGCCAGUAUGAUCGGUGGCCUAGUCGCCUCCUUUCCGCGCUCGGCACGCCUUCACCUGAAGGCCUCUCAUAGCUACGACCAGUUUCCCAGGGCCAUCAUGCUGGUAGAUCGAUGCAUGAAGGUGGCCCUUGCCAUGCGCCCCACAGACUACAUGCUGAAGGAUACUAUCACUGUGAACGACGCCGCCAUCAGCUAUUUCCUCUGUCUGGGUGCUGCCUACACGAUGCGGCCGAACCAGUGUCGUCGUUUUCUAGGAGAGUCACUUUUGUUUCUGCGGGAGAUGGGGUUUCACAAGAUGAGACCUCCCCCAACGUCGCUUUCCUUUGACCCUAGUCGACCUGAUGAUCAGCCCACAGAUUUCAUAAGCGACGAGAUCGGGAAGCGCAUCUAUUGGUGCAUCUUUCUGGGCGUUCGGUCCAUGUCUCAACUGGGGGCUUCAUCCCGUGACCUGAUUAUCCCGCCAGCAAACCCCAAUACUUCUUAUCCCGAGUUUCCUCGUGAGGUCGAUGAUGCCUACAUUCUUGCGGACAGGAUCCUUCCCCAACCUGAAGGCACCGUAUCGACAAUUACAGGAUUUGUCAAGUGUGCCCAGAUUUAUCGGACGAUGGAUGACCUCGUCCGCAUCGAGCUCUCUCAUGGGAUGGCUGCCUAUGCCUGGGACCAGCAGAAGCAAUACUUGCACUCUGCUCUUGCGAGCAUGACAGAUGUUGCCGAGAGCCUCCCACCAGAACUCAAGAAAGGAUCGAAAGGCAUAAGCAGUUGCGACUACCAAUACGUCCCGGCCGCCUAUCCCGACCAUCAGCCGACCAAUGACGUGCGACAUCUUUUUGCAAGAGACCAGUCCAAGAAGCGCAAGGUGCAGUAUGAGAUUCAAAAGGCGAACAUCUAUGCCUCGCUGUUGGCCACCCGGUCUCACUACGUGGAGCGGUACCUGACAUUACGCGAUGUCCAUCUUUACAAAUCCCGCAUGAAAAUGCAAGCGGAUGCCUCCGGCAGCAUCGUAUAUCGCACUGCAGCCGACUACUCGGCCUCCAGUUUGGCAGCUGCAGCUGUACAGGCCGCCGCUGAACGGGCCACCGACAGCAUCGACCGCCUGUUUCUGAACGCGCGCGAGGAGGUCGUGGAAGAUCUUUUCAACGUGCUCAUCUCAAUCGACCAGCGCCAUAUGGAACCGAACGGCGGGUCUCUGAUAAGCAAGAUCCGACAAGUCGCCUGCACGCUGCUAAGCGACCGGUCUGAACGCAAGGGGCAACACGAGUUGCACAAUGAGGAGUACCUCAGGGCGUUCCUCGAUAUUCUGACGAAGCUAGAGAAGACAGGAACGGGCACGGCCGCAACGUUGAGCCCGCUCAACCAGGACCGUGCGGCCUACAAGGACCCAGGGUCAACUAUGACGGCGCAGGACGAGGAGCAGGAGCUCCGGAACUGGGCUGACCUCCAGGAGCAGCAGCAGAAGCUGGCGCAAAGUGAUUAUCUAGGAUGA